CAUGAUCCCUAACACACCUUCUCCCACUCUCGAGCUAUUACUCUAUCAUCAGUCAUCCAUCUGCGAGGCUGCUGCCUUUUCCUUUUUGGAUGUCCUGCCCAGCACACGCCGCUGUUUCGCCGACAAAAAGGCUCCCUUUCAGAUGGCUUGCAACGAAUCUGUCACCACUACUCUCGACGCCCUUCAAAAUCCAUCCCAUUGCGGCUCGCUUACAACAGGCAACCGGUCUCUCGGAGGCCAUUUGCACCUCUUUGGCCUACCCUGUGUGCUUGUGAGCUCGGUCCAUAUCGCAGGGUGGCCCAAGGCCUCCCACGUCGCGGCAGCCUUCCAUGAGGUGGACGGAAUAUAGCAGCACCCUCACACAUCCUCUCUCAUAGGGCAUGGCAAGCUAAAAGGUGGCGCAGUCCAAAGACGAAACCCCUACUGGUGGGCAAGCCAAAGGUGAGGAUACGCAAUUAGGAGAAUACGCUUGGAGAGCACCCCAUCGCGGACUGUUCGGCGAUUUUCUCUCAGCGAUGCUGCUUGCAUCGAGAUUGCCUGCCGAGCCAAAUAUUCGACUCUAUCUUCAACAUCUGUUCUCCUAAUUAGCUCUGUGGACUUCGACAUUACUGCGAUGGCUGACUUCAAAGAUCACUACGACGUGGUAGUCUGUGGCGGGGGGCCAGUGGGCUUGUUGACGGCCUAUGGGCUGCAACGCAUGGGCAUUGAAACCUGUGUCGUCGAACGACUCGAAAAGCAGAAGUUACCCAUGUACGGCCGCGCUUGUACAGUGUUCCCGCGCACAUUGGAGAUGCUCGACCAGUAUGACCUUCUCACACGCCUCAAUCAGGUGGGAUUCGUGUCGAGGAGUGGUGUCAACUACGCUAAGGAUGGCAAAAGAGACAACACACGGGGCAUGCGCCAUGUAUUUGACGCCAUGCAAGGGCAUACCUUCUUGGAUUAUGUGCUUAACAUCCGAUUGAAGUACACCGAGGACAUUGUAAGGGACGAGUACGAGAAAAUUGGUGGAGUUAUUGCUGGUGGAUGGGAUGUGGCGAGUUUGACCACCCAGAUCGAUCAAGGGGGGAAAGGCGAGGCCAGCCCCUGUCCAGUGAAGGUGGAAAUCAAGAAUGUUAUUACUUCAGAGACGCGGACACUUGUUGGAGAGUACCUUGUUGGCGCUGACGGUGCCCGCUCCACCAUCCGUCACCUCUCUGGCAUCUCGUCGACAACAGAUAGCACAACCCUCCGCUGGGUGCGUAUCGAUGGUGUCGUGGAGACCGAUAUGCCGGACGCUCGCGAGGGGUUUGCGAAUUUGGAAUCUCCCACACACGGCAACGUGCUGUGGGUGGCGCUAGACCACGGUCGAACGAGGGUGGGAUUCGCCCUUUCACGGGAUAUGAUGGAUAGAUAUGGCGAACACAUGACGCAGGAGCAGACUAUCGAGGAGGCAAAACUGGCCGUCAAGCCAUUCACUUUGGAGUUCAAAUGUGUGGACUGGUAUACUGUGUACAACGUCCGACACUCCCUCGCGGAUACUUUUGUCAAAGACAGGAUCGUCCUCGCCGGCGACGCCUGCCACAGCCACUCCUCGGGGACUGCGCAGGGCAUGAACACGGGCGUGCACGACACGUGCAACCUUGCGUGGAAACUUGCUGGUGUGCUGAAGGGCUGGUACCACGCCUCGAUCCUGGACACGUAUAACAGCGAGCGGCGGCCCGUCGCACAGCACUUGAUCAACUUGGACAAGACCUUCUCCGCGCUGAUAUCCGGAACCGUGCCCCCCGAGCUGGCCGUCGCAGGCCUCUCGGCGGACCCGAAUGUGCUGUUCGCCAAGGCGCUGGAGGACAACGUCCAGUUCAACAUCGGCUUGGGCAUCCGGUACGGCGCGAACACGCUGAACGUGGCGACCAAGUUGGCCACGGUGCCUUGCGGCUUGCGCGCGCCGGACGUCGUGGUUCACGCACCCGGCGCGAGGGUCCCCACGAGGCUGCACACGGUGAUGAAGAACGUGGGUCUGUUCUGGGUCGUCGUGUUUGCGGGCGAACCCCUCCUGACCGGAGCGUCGGUGCGGAGUCUGCGGGAAUAUCUCGACGACGGCGACGGCAUCAAGAGGCACCUCGAAAAGAUGCGUCUCGUGACCAUCAUCGCAGGAAACAGGCCCCAGGCCGAUGAAACCCUGGGCGUCGCCCGGUUCGGCGACGCAUACUACGACCACGACUCAACCGCCCACGCGAGGUACGGCGCCAGCGUGGGCGGCGGUGCCGUGGUCGUCAUCCGCCCGGACGGGAUCGUGGGCUUUGCGACCGGUCUAGACAGCGGGCCGGAUCUGGGUGCGUACUUUGCGAGGUUCCUUGUCUAGCUUGGUACUCGUGUAUAUCCCC